AUGAAGGAGGAGAUGAUAGAAUAUAGAGUGGUAUUAGAUAAUAAAAUCAGAGAAGACUACUGCAAUGACAAAAGAGUAUCUUGCAAUGAAGAUAAUGAGAUUGUUGGUCUCAGAUUAUACGGAGAUGUUCAGAUAUCUAAAAUUCCAGAAAAUAUUGUAUUAAUUAAAGACACAUUGAGGAAUCUAACAAUGAGACAGGUGGGUCUAUCAGGCAAUAUUCCAAAUGAGAUCUACGAUUUGAAUAAUUUAGAAGUGCUGGAUUCAGGCGGGAACAGAUUCGCUGGUAAAUUAGAUGAUAGAAUUGAAAAUUUGAGUAAAUUAACGAUACUUAACUUGAUGCAAUCAAACUUAUCUGGCAAGAUACCUGAAAGUUUAUAUUCAUUGACUAAACUUCGAGAACUGAAUUUGCAAGGAAACAGUGGAUCAGGACUAUCUGGUACAAUACCUGACGGUCUGUACUCACUGAAUAAUUUGGGACAUUUAACAUUGAGGGGAAAUAAAUUUAGCGGUAAUUUAAGUGAUAAGAUUGGAAAUUUGAAAGAAUUAUAUAACCUUGACUUGAGUGGGUUAAGCUUGUCUAUGUCGAUGAUACCUGAAUGUCUAUAUUCACUGACUAAAUUAGAAUAUCUGUCAUUAAGGGGAACUAAGUUUAGUGGUAGUUUGAGUGAUAAGAUUGGAAAUUUGAAAGGAUUACGUUAUUUUAACUCAAAUGGAUCAGGCCUGUUUGGACCGAUACCUAACGGUCUAUACUUACUGAAUAAUUUAGAAUUUCUGUAUUUGAAUGACAAUACGUUCAAUAAUAGUCUAAACGAUAAGAUUAUAGGUUUGAAUAAAUUAGUGCAUCUUGAAUUAACUAACUCAAACCUAUCUGGUCCGAUACCUGAGAAUCUAUACUCAUUGACCAAGUUGACAAUCCUGAAAUUAGGAGGUAACGGUUUUAACGGAACUCUGAGCGAUGACAUUAAACGUCUGGAAAAGUUAUCGCAUCUUGACUUGGGUAACUUGUGUCUAUCUAGAUCUAUACCCAAAGGUCUAUAUUUAUUGCAUAAAUCGGAAACUUUGAAGCUAGGAGGUAACAAGUUUAAUGGUGGUUUAGAUGAAGAUAUCAAAAAUUUGAGUUCAUUAGUUUAUCUUGACGUAAGUAACAUAGGUCUAUCUGGAUCUAUACCUAAAGGUCUAUAUUCACUGAGUGGAUUGAGAUAUCUGAAUCUUUCAAAAAACAGUAUCAAUGGCAGUUUAUCGUCUGAUAUUAAUAGACUGACUAAGAUAAUUGGUCUAGAUCUGAUUUUCAAUCAAUUAAGUGGUGCUGUGCCAAAUGAAAUUCGCAAGCUAACUAAUCUCGAAGUUUUGGAAAUGAGGGAAAAUCAAUUUGAAGGUAAUAUUCAUAAUCUGAGUGGUUUGAAAAAAUUAACUCAUAUGAACAUUAGCUCAACAAAAUACAAUCUGAAUGCAAAUUGUAACGGUGAGAUGUUACCUCCAUUUAUUCAAAAGAAAAAUUGCUUGAUCAGACAUGUAAGUAAAUUGUGCGAUAAUGUCACGCGCUGCGAAUACGGUGGUAAACCUAUGCCUAAGUCAUCAGUUGAUUCAAUAUUCUGUACAUAUGGAUCGAAGAUGAUUGUUAUGAUGAUGGUGUGUAUAGCCGGAAUAGAGAUGAUGUUGAUAGAUGAUUGUUAUGAUGAUGGUGUGUAUAGCCGGAAUAGAGAUGAUGUUGAGUUAGAAUUUGAAUGA